UCAAGCAAUACAGAAGCAGAAAAUCUAACAGAGGUCACCGAAUUCCAUCUCUUGGGCUUCUCUGAAGAUCCAUACCUUCAGCCCAUCCUUCUUGGUCUCUUUCUGUCCAUGUACCUGGUCACAGUGCUUGGAAACCUGCUCAUCAUCCUGGUCAUCAGCUCUGACUCCCACCUCCACACCCCCAUGUACUUCUUCCUCUUCAACCUGUCCUUGGCUGACAUCUGCUCAGUCUCCACUACAAUUCCAAAGAUGAUUGUGGACAUCCUAACUCACACAAAAGCCAUCUCCUAUGUGGGCUGCCUUACACAGAUGUCUCUCUUUAGUAUAUUUAUAUGUAUGGAUGACAUGCUUCUGACUGUGAUGGCCUAUGACCGGUUUGUGGCCAUCUGUCACCCCCUGCAAUAUCUAAUCAUUAUGAAUCCGCACCGUUGUGGACUCUUAGUUGUGCUGUCAUUUUUGUUUAGCCUCCUGGACUCUCAGCUCCACAAUUUGAUUGUAUUACAAUUUACUUACUUUAAGGAUAUGGUCAUUUUCAAUUUCUUCUGCAACCCUUCUCAAAUCCUUAACCUUGAUUGUUCUGACAACUUCUCCAGUAACAUUUUAAAGUAUACUGCUGGUGUGUUAUUUGGAUUUUUUCCUGUCUCAGGGAUAUUUUUAUCUUACUAUAAAAUUAUUUACUCCAUUAUUAGAAUCCCAUCAUCAGGAGGGAAGUUUAAAGCCUUCUCUACCUGUGUGUCUCACCUGUCAGUUGUUGGCUUAUUUUAUGGAACAAGUAUUGGUGUGUGCUUUGGUUCAGCUGAAUCACAAUCUCCCACAUCUUGUUUGCUGGGCUCAGUCAUUUAUACCUUGGUCACCCCAAUGCUAAAUCCAUUCAUCUAUAGCCUGAGGAACAGAGACAUUAAAAGUAGCUUGAGCAGGCUAUUUUAG